AUGGUUGAACCAGCAGCGAGAAUACGCCCCGUCGAGGUCGCCGACCGGAAGCUCGUCCUCUUCGCGGUCGGAAAAGCCGAGAUGGAGCCCAUUGCGGUUGCGAACAGGAAACUGUACGCGAACCCCCUGGUGCUCGCGCUGUGGGUUGGGCUGUCCUGUGUGUUCGUGCAGUAUAUGAAAUGGUGGCCACAGCCGGAGCAGGGUGUGUUGGGCUACCUCACUCCUAUCCCCGCCUUCGGCACCCUCUCUAUCGUCUUCAUGUUCGCAAUCGAUUGGCUGAAUCGUUGGGGCUUCGACGAACGUUCGGCUCACGUCUUACGCCGACCUGACCUGGUCGACAUCCCCGCCUACUACUCCCGCUCGCCCUCCUCUGGGUUCUGGGUCCUGGAGUACGGCGACCGCUUCGUCGGUAUGAUCGCCAUCGACGCAUCCCUCGAUGCGGAUGCAGAUGAGCAGGUCGCCGCCGGAACGAUCAAGAAGGACCGAUCAGGGCAGGUGAAGAUGGCCAAGGGCACGUCCAAGGUCGUGACCAUCCGCCACUUCUAUGUGCAGGAGGCGUACCGCGCUGCGGGCAUCCAGGACGACCUGCUCGAGCACGCGCUGAAUCACGCGUUCGCGGCAGACGCGACACUCCAGGGGGUGCGCGCUACCGAGUCGUCGCUCCGCCAAUACGUGGGCGAGACGCUGCGGAAGCACGGGUUCGAGCUUGAGAAGAAGGCGGAGCGGGUUGGGACAUUGAGGUGGCAGCAAAGCGUCCGGAUACUGGACAGGAGUCGAUGGGACUCGUUGCAGGAGAAGCAAUAG